UAUAUCUAGAGAGAGAGAGAGAGAGGAGGAGAGAGAGAGUGCUUUUGGGUCCUUUCAUCUCAUUUCUCCUGUUUUCGUGCAGAUCUCUCCGUACUCUAAUCUAUUCAAUUUCAUUUCUCCUCCUCCGAUUUCAGGAAUCAGUCAACCGAGUCGUCUUCUUCUUCUUCUUCUUCCGUUGAGAGAAUGAAUCUGCCCUAGUUUUACUUAGUUAGUUGUUAAUCAGAAGAAGAAAAAGUGGGGGUUGCUGUUUUAUGAGUUCAAACGUUUGUUGAUUGAACAUGAUAUGAAUCAACGUUGACCUUUGUUGGAGAUGAAAUCUCUCUACCCGUAGAAAGUUUCCUGUGUGCAGGUGUUUUUCUUUCGAUUGUUUCGAUUCAUACAAAGAACGUUGUUAUCUUGGGAGAAAUGGAAGACUUGGGCACCGCGCAAGUGGUUUCUCCUACAGUCAUCCACCAAUCAAUGGUCGGAAGAUUUCAUGAUUCGUAUAAUCCAACAUCCAAGAAACGGGGCCCGCCUUUCCACUCUUCGAAUUCUGUUCAUAACAAGUCUCCUUCUGAUAACUGGAACCCCAAAUCAUGGAAUUGGGACAGUGCAAGAUUUGUAGCUAAGCCAGUGCAAUGUGAUAAUGGAUUCGAUGUGGGAGGAGGGGCCCCACAAAUUCAGAUUCAGACAAGCUUGCCAGCUAGGAAAGAGGUACUAAACGGUGCUCCGAUUCCUAGAAAGCCCGAUCGAACUGGAGGAGAUGAUGAAAAUCUUCGAUUGAAGCUUGGAGGUGAAAAUGGAGGUGGUGUGAAUAAUAAUAAUACUAAUAAUACUAAUAAUAAUAAUAACAAUACAGUGGAGAUGCAAUUGAGGCCUAGCAAGAGAGUGAGAUCUGGAUCGCCAGGUGGCGCUAAUUAUCCAGUUUGCCAAGUCGAUAAUUGUGUUAAAGAUUUGUCUGCCGCAAAGGACUAUCAUAGGCGGCACAAGGUGUGUGAGUUUCACAGCAAAGCUGGUAAUGCAUUAGUGGGGAAACAGAUGCAGAGGUUUUGCCAGCAGUGCAGCAGAUUCCAUCCACUUUCAGAAUUUGACGAGGGAAAAAGAAGUUGUAGGCGCAGACUCGCUGGGCAUAACAGAAGGAGAAGGAAAACGCAGCCAGAAGAUACUGUCAAUGCUCCACAGUCAUUAGUUCCUUGUGCCCGUGACAACACUGUCAAUGAUAGUGACAUCGUUAACUUAUUGGCUGUGCUAAGUCGCGCACAAGGGAACACCGAGGAGAGGAGCGGUAAAAUCCCAGCAAUACCCGACAAAGAUCAGCUCAUACAAAUUCUCAGCAAAAUACAUUCAUUGCCAGCUCAAACAAACAUGCCAUCGAAACCGAAUGGCACUGUUCUCAAUAAUGUACCCUCCGAAAAUCAAAACCAAAUAAAUGGAAAAAACAAUUCUUCAACAUCAACCAAGAACUUGCUCGUUGCUCUUUCAGCUCACACAAGCUCUCAAGGAAGCGACUCCGAAAAAAGUAAGUCACCAUGUGUUGACAACAAUAGAGAUACUAUCAUCGUAUUCCCCACUGUUGGAGGAGAGAGAAGUAGCACAAGCUACCAUUCUCCCAUGGAAGAAGUACAAGAGACCUCCCCGUGUGUGCCUCUAGAGCUGUUCAGUCCCUCGCCCGAAGAUUAUAGGUCGAUGAAACUGCCUUCUGAUGGGAAUUUUCUUUCGUCUGGUAGCAGUAAUCCUUCUGUAGACAGAACACCUCUCUCUUCGCCACCUGUUGUGUACGAUUUAUUUCCGAUGAGGACGAUGAAGGAUGAUUGUUUAUCGAACAAUGUAGGUGAAAUUGCGUAUGUGAAAGCAACGAUGAGUAAUGGGUGCAGUACUUCUCUUCAGCUUUUUGGAAGCUCAAAGUUAGCUACUGAAAAUGGUUCGAUUCAGAGUUCUCCUUAUCGAGCUGGGUAUGCUUCUUCUGGGUCUGAUCAUUCACCAUCGAGCCUCAAUUCUGACGCACAGGAUCGUACGGGUAGAAUUAUUUUCAAAUUGUUUGACAAGGAUCCCAGCCAUUUGCCUGGAUCGCUACAGACUCAGAUAUACAGCUGGCUUUCUAACAGUCCAUCUGAAAUGGAAAGCUACAUCAGACCUGGUUGCAUAGUUCUAUCUCUGUAUUUAUCGAUGCCAUCUUUUACGUGGGAUCAAAUCGACGAAAAUCUUCUUAAUUACGUGAAGUCGUUGGUCAAAGAUGUCGACAUUGACUUUUGGGGAAACGGAAGAUUCUUAGUUCACACGGACCGUCAAAGGGUGUCCCACAAAGAGGGAAAGAUUCGUCUCUGCAAAUCUUGGAGAACUUGGAAUACACCAGAACUGAUCGCAGUCUCACCUUUGGCUGUUGUUGGUGGACAAGAGACAUCUCUUCUAUUGAGGGGUAGAAGUUUGACUGCUCCAGGCACUAUGAUUCAUUGCACUCAUGCAACUGGAUAUAAUAUUAAUGAAGUCCCAUUAUCACAAGACACUCCAUUUGAUGAGGUUACCUUGGCUUGCUUCAAGGUCAAUGGCACACUUGGACGCUGCUUCAUUGAGGUUGAAAAUAAUUUUAAAGGUACCUCAUUUCCAGUAAUUAUAGCGAAUAAUACCAUCUGCCAAGAAUUGAGACUUCUUGAGCCUGAGAUAAAUGGAACUGCUGGAGUAUCUGAUGGUAUUUACAGGGAAAAAGCCCUUGGAUUCCUGGACGAACUUGGAUGGCUUUUCCAAAGAAAACAGAACUCUUUCUUAUUUGGAAUACCUGAUUAUAGAAUAAAUCGGUUCAAAUUUCUUCUUAUAUUUUCCGUUGAGCACGAUUUUUGUGCUUUGGUGAAAACCCUAUUGGACAUUCUGCUAGAACUGAACUUGGGUAGGAAAGGGUUAUUGGAAAAGGAGUCUUUGGAGUUGCUAUCAGAAAUUCACUUAUUGAACAGAGCAGUCAAAAGGAGGUGUUUGAGCAUGGUUGAUUUGCUUGUUCGUUAUUCUGUUAUUGACUCUUCGGAAGCUUCUGGAAAGUUCUUUUUUACACCCGAUAUGGCUGGACCUGGUGGUAUCACGCCUCUACAUUUGGCUGCAUGUACACCGUCUUCAGAUGAUAUGGUUGAUGCUCUCACGAGUGAUCCACAGAAGAUCGGAUUGCAGAGUUGGAAUACCGCCCUCGAUGCAAACGGGCUUUCUCCAUACGCAUAUGCACUGAUGACGAAUAAUCAUUCCUAUAAUGCCCUUGUUGCCCGUAAAAUUGCAGAUAAAGAAAACGGUCAAGUCUCUCUAUCAAUCGAAAACGAGAUCGUUCAGUCUCAAUCAGAAGUGGACAAGAGAGACAAAGCAAUCUCCACAUUCAAUCAAACGCAGAAAUCUUGUUCCAAAUGUGCCCUUGCAGUACGCGUACACAACAGCAAAAAGAAGUUUUCGGGUUCUAAAGGAUUGCUUCAGCGUCCAUAUAUCCAUUCAAUGCUCGUUGUAGCUGCCGUGUGUGUUUGUGUCUGUGUGUUCCUAAGAGGGCAUCCUUAUGUUGGCUGUGUUUCUCCGUUUGCAUGGGAGAAUUUGGGCUACGGUGCAAUUUAAUUUAAUUUAAUACUCACGAGGCUAUUUUGGCAAAUUCGCAAUAGUCAGCAAAGUUUCGAUUAGCAGUUUCCAAGGGUAACUGGAGUUUGUGGUUUUAACUUAUUAAGCUAAUUAUUGCAGCCGUUGUAAAAUCUCGUCGUGGUAACUGGACCUAAGGAGUUACUCACUGUAAGUUUAUUAAUUACUGUAAAGAAAUAGGUGUGCAAUAGUACAGUAUUAGAUAGUAGAAGAUAAAUGUUUUUUUUUUUUUCGUUUCUCGUGAACAUAGUGUACUGCAAUAAGAGGAAUUUAGGGUUGUUAAUUUUGAUUUUUCUCGUUUUUAUCGGUCGAGUAUCUUAUUUAGUAUUUCGUGGCUUUUGGUUGAUUGGCUUCGUUUGAUGCACACUUUGUUUUUCGCUAAUGCGAAGUGAAAUAUCCUCGUGUGCGGCUCUCGUUUUGUUGGAUGGAAGGUCUUUCUCUUGGCGAUGGAUCUUUGAUAUUAUUAAUUAAGUUGUUCCAUAAGUUCAUCUUGUAUAUCAUUUCAGACUUACACUGUUUCUUACUUUAUAAUUUGAGUUGUGAUA